GCAAACAUAACUGGGGGAACAUCACACAUGAAGCUGAUGAAGACAUGACAACCUCGGUACUUUUGAUAGUAGCCCUCGUGCUUACGAUAUGUGCAGUGGCCUUCCAGAUCAUUGGCGUGGCGCCACCGUAUUGGGUCUCCAUAGAUACUGUUUCUUUAAAGAUGCAUUACGGUUUGUGGACUACUUGCACUGAAGUACAGACUGGGACAACAUGUGAAGAUUCAGAUGCUGAUGAAGAUUGGCAGAAAGCUGUACGAGCUAUGAGCAUUCUGGGGCUUCUAGUGUUGAUUGGCGCUGUUGGCAUGACGGUUCUAAAACUAUUCGUCAUGAAAGACAAGAAACCGGUUCUUUUUGCCGGUAUAGGAACAUCAUUUGCCGGAGGUAUCUUUAUCCUGAUAGCAGUGGCAGUGUUUGCAGCAAAACAAAAUGAUGAAUUAGCUAAUGUUGAUUUCACCUAUCAUUUUGCGUUUGCGUUCAGCAUCAUUGCGAUGAUAACGGCAUUCGCAGCAGGAGGUGUGAUGCUGUUUAGCAUGACGAAAGAAUGAAUUGUGUUUACAGACAUAUUAUUGAAAACAUAGUUUACGAAGCAUAUGUUGAAUGAUUUUGUACAAAUAUUUUGAACACUUUUAUUAACUAAUCUUACUGUGCAUUGUUUUUUACAAUCUCGAAAACCAUUGUCAACCUCCGCUUCGCGUCGGUUGACAAUGGUUUUCUCGGGGUGUCAAUGUCAACUGUUACCCUCCCAAACAGGCACUAUUUAUAUAUUGUUAUACUUUCAUGUUAAAUACUGAAAUCUGAUUGGUUAAGACGCAGUUAAUAAUAUUUACUAUUACCCUCAGCGUUAGCAACGCACUUGGCAACGGGUAACAUUAAAAAAUAUUACAUGCGCGAAAAUUAUGCGCGUACGGUUCGCUGUAGAAUUCACGUUAUUCCUAUAUAAAAGCAGUAAAAUUUUCUUAAAAAUUUUAAAAAAGACAUUCAGUAUAACAAAAUAAAUAGUGCCUGUUUGGGAGGAUAACAGUUGAAAUUGACACCCCUCGAAAACCAUUGUCAACCUCCGCUUCGCGUCGGUUGACAAUGGUUUUCUCGGGGUGUCAAUUUCAACUGUUACCCUCCCAAACAGGCACUAUUUAUAUAAUGUAGCCUUUUGACCUGAUUACUCUCUGUAUCCGUCAAAAUAGAUCUUUAUAGAGUCUGAACCUAUUAUGUUUGUUUGUUUAUCCAUAUACGUUAAUAAAUUGCCUGCGGUUGAUUUUUGCACCUCAACAUUUCAUUACCGAUUUUUAGUUCCCGUUUAAGUCUAAACCAUAUAUUUCAAUUAUGUCUCAAAUCUGGAUUCUGAGCGGGCCAACCCUUGGUAUGCAUGUUUUUUUGUAAUCUGAAUUCUUAAACAAAUUUAGCU